AUACAAACUACAUAUGUCAGUAGUUCACCUCUUCUUUAUCCGUGUGGCCCGUUUUGUAAAUAUUUAGCUACAGUUAGGUCGGACAACAAAGAUUGUCGUCCAAACCUAAACCGAGUAUAACAAUUGUCGAGUUAUUUCAUACUUGUGCGUUAACAAAAUCGCACUCUCCAUCGGGAUCGUUUAUUGUGAUUAAUUUGACAUUUAAUCGGAAAGGAUAAUAAUAAAAAUCGCUUUCGAUGAUUUGAACGUAAUGGCAAGGAUGUAACAUGAAAACUAAAUUACAUACUCAGCCUGGUAAUUAUGUUUUGAAAGCUUCAAAUUUCAUCCAGUACCAAAAUUGUAUUGUAGACCAUCGUAAUUAUCGUGUUGUACAUUGUCCGAAUCUAAACGAAUGUCUCAUAAACGAAAAUUCGGAUGAGAAGGUGAAUUGCAACACAGUCCAUUUUGGCUAUGCCGUUCCUGUACUUGUUGUCGAGAGGGAUUCGGAAACGGCACUGUUGAUGCUAGAGAAAGAAGAGCUGAGUAAGCCUGCUAAUAGAAGAUACAUUGAUAUGGCCACAACUGUAAACCAAAGGAAAUUCACUGAACCUGAAGAGGACAUUGCUGCAAUCGCAAAGCAGAUUUCAGACCACGCAGAAGCUAUAUACCAAAAUUGGAAAUCUAGAGGUUUGGCACCGACUGAAAUUCUCUCGUGUAACAAUGUUACGCCGGAGAAAUUCGCGACCAGUCUUUCUCCUAAGAAAACGGUUGAUAUCUUAUCAUCGACAGCCAGCUUGAAUUCCAGUAAUCUCGAGCAGUUAGUUAACAAUUUCGUUGUUGAAGAUAAAGCCAGGCUUGCCAGGCAAAAGUGUUCUCCGACGAAAAAUCUGUCUUCCAUUCAGUACGCUAAACAAAAAUUUGAACAAAACGAUAAAGUGAGGGGAGGUUGUUUGGGAGAUGAUAUUAUUAAAGGCUAUACGAAAUCUCCGACGUUUCCGAACGGAAGAUCGGAAGGGCUCUCUCAAUAUAUUGACGAUUCGAUAGAUGUAACAUCAUCAGAAUUACAGCACUCUUCUACGACGGGCCUUCAGACUUGGCCACUUAAAAAUCGAGCAGUCGGUGCUGAGAGAAGCGCAACAAGGAAAUCCUCUUCGAUCAAACAUGCUCCUCCGAAAAGUGAGUUUAUAGACGAAGUCGCGAAGGAGGAAGAACGGUUAAUAAAUGCCCUUAAGAGCGGCAUUAUAAUCGGAGAGGAUAUACCGGAGCGAGAUACUAAGCCUAGUCUCCUUCAAAAGAAAGCUUUCAAAGAUAAGACCAUGGGGAUUGUAAAGAAAGUAAUUAAAAGUUACCAAGAACAAGCCGAGCAGAGAACGGAAUACGUGGACUAUACUCAAAGCGGCAAAAAAAUUGUGAGGUGUUCUAGAAAACUUGGCGAAGCAGUGCCGCAUCCUGAAUUUAAACAGUACCCUCGGCCUAACUCUGGAAAUCCUGUCAGACCUUUCCUGACGAGAGGUUCGGUUGCAGAACGAGUCCUCAUCUUCGAGAAGUGUCCUGCGGAACUCGGCCUUGACAAAAGAAAACCAGGAUUAACGAAUUUCUCAAGGGAUUCUUUAUCAUGCCAAAAACCAGGUCCUGUACCUCAUACUACCUUACAACGACAUGCCAAAGCAAAUAAAAGCCUUCUUUUACCCAGAUUCUAUUUCCCCCAUGGCAAAGUUAGCAAUCAGGCUGAAAAACACCUCGUACAAGAAGCUCUUAAGGCUUUAUUUCAGACCUUGCCCAAUCAGCAGGCAACUAUUGAGAAGUUUGGAGCAGUGACAAAGGCAUGUGGUUGCCCGCUUUAUUGGAAAGCACCGUUGUUUAUUGCCUGUGGUGGAGAAAAACUAGGCUAUGUAGAAUUAAAUAUGGUUUUGGAUUUUUGGCGGGAACUCACUAGCAAUUAUCACGAUGCAGCAUCACGAUUUUUGAAAAUACUUACACGUGGGCAAGCUAGAAAUUAUUUGUUACCUGAAGACUUUAUGAGUUUAGUUCAAGAUGUUGUUGACACACACCCAGGUUUGACUUUCUUAAAAGAAGCUGUUGAGUUUCAUUCGAGAUACGUUCACACUGUAAUCUCAAGAAUUUAUUAUUGUGUCAACAGUUCUUGGACUGGUAGAAUAACUUUACUAGAACUGAGAAGAAGUAAUCUUCUAUCUGUGAUUUCAUUGUUAGAAAAAGAAGAAGACAUUAAUCAAAUUACUCAGUACUUUAGUUAUGAGCAUUUUUAUGUAAUAUAUUGUAAAUUUUGGGAACUGGAUAGAGAUCAUGAUUUGUUUAUUGACAAAUAUGAUCUUGCAAGACAUUGUGAUCAUGCACUUUCCUCGAGGUUGAUCGAUAGAAUAUUUUCCGGGGCAGUAACAAGAGGAAAGCAAACAAAAAAUGAAGAAACUCACACGCAGAAAAAAAUGUCAUACACUGAAUUUGUAUGGUUUUUGUUAGCAGAGGAAGAUAAAUCACAUCCAAGAGCUAUCGAAUAUUGGUUUAGAUGUAUGGACUUAGAUGGUGAUGGGUACCUUUCUAUGUAUGAGUUAGAAUAUUUUUAUGAUGAACAAUUGCAAAGGAUGGAAGCAAUUGGUAUUGAAUGUUUGCCUUUUGAAGAUUGUUUAUGCCAGAUGCUCGAUAUGGUGAGGCCAGCUAUUCCUGGGAAAAUAUCAUUAAGUGAUUUAAAGAAAUGUAAAAUGACACCAAUAUUUUUUGAUACAUUCUUUAACCUAGAAAAAUAUUUAGAUCAUGAACAGAGGGAUCCAUUUGCAUCACAACGUGACCAUGACAAUGAGAUUUCUGAUUGGGAUCGUUAUGCAGCAGAGGAAUAUGAAUUACUUGUUGUUGAAGAAGGAGGAAAUGAUGUCCAGGACCAUUUAUUGUACGAUUGCAAUUCUGAUGAUGAUACAUUGUCACCAAAUUUGGACAAACUGUUUGGGGGAAACACUUACAUGAACAAUAACAGCAAAGUAAAGUGGCACCAUCCUAAUUUGACAGUCACCUGUGAUGAUUACAACAUUUCUGAGGAUUAUGUUGAUGAAGAUAGACCCAUAUAGACAUUGGAAACAAGUGCAUUAUUUAACCGAUAUGCUCCUCUUAAUACUCAUAUUUACUACUUGAGUGUAUUUGUAUCAUAACCUCUCUUUACGUAGAGCAUCACUUUUAUUUUUUAGGUUAUUUUAGUUUUGCCAUAAUAAUUUUCUCUCAAAAGUUCCUAACAAUAUUAUACACUAAGUGGGUCAGUUGAGUUAAUAUUUAAUGAAUAUAUGAAACAAUAUUACAAAACUGACCUUAAUUAACCGAUAUAAUGACCUUAACACUUAAGGUAAAUGUAUUUCAGUCAGAGUAUGAAGUUCAAUAAUUUCAUAUCGGUAAUUUUACUGAACUACUCUGUAACUCUUCUAAUUGAUUGUUUUUAUUUUAUUAUUUUUAUUUAUUUUUAUUAUUUCUUUUUUACAUUUGUACCUGUUACAAUCCUGUAAAGAUGUUUGUAUUAACUUUGUUGUUUGAUUAACAGCAUUAUGGAAAUUAUAUUUUCCAGUUGAUCUUCCAUUUUGUUUGUAUCAUCAGUUGAUAUUUCCAUUUUAAAAUAAAAUUAAAGAGGGAAAACGAAAAAUCAAACUGAAAAGGAAGUUUGAUUUCUGUUUAGAGUAAUUGCCUUAUUAUAUAUUAAUAAUUGAGAAAUAUGUGUUCACCUUUAUUGUAAGAAAAGUAACAUAGUCUAGUCUAUUAAUCUGUACAGUAACAUUUAACACACUCAUGAAUAUACAAAUAUAGUAAAUGAUAUGUAUGUAAUACUCAUAUCUGUAACCUAAACAUGAACGUACACACAAUUAAUAAUUUAUACUAGUUUAAUAAAUUAAAAAGAAUCUCAGUUGUAUAAAUAAUGUUUCAUCUCAUUUGUUAUUUGUAUUUUUUCAUUGUUUUAGUAUAAAUCAAUAAUAUUAAAUUCAUUAAAAAAUGGUUGGUUGUAAUUUGUUGAUACAAGGCUACAGUGAAAAGGUUAUUUCAAUAUUAAACUCUUAAAACUUUUAUCAGAUUUAAUUUGUUAAAUUCAAUUCAAAAGUUCAUUUAUUCAUUAGGAUUUUUUACAAUGGAGUUCCAUAAUUUGAUGUAACUAAUUUACCAUUCACAAAAUUUCUGUAGAAAUUCCUCAAUGGCCAAGAUAUUAUAUAGUUCUAAUUUUUCAUCUUGUUAUUGUAUUAUAAUUUUAUGUAUGUUAGUGAAGAUGUAAAGUGAUUUUAUUCUCGUUUUUUAUGAUGGUCAGUCGUAUUUGAAUAUGGCUUUUGUUUGUGUAAUUCAUUGAGUUGUUGUGGAGCUUAAUUGUUAAUUAAUUAUAAUUACUUCUGUGUUAUUGAAAACUAUUAUAAAAUGACAA